CCCGGUCCUUACUCUUCCUUCGUGCUCCUAGUCCCCCCAGCGCCAGCUCUUUUCUCCGUCGCUCCAUCCUUCAUAUUCACUCUUCCCGACAUAGACCCCGACAUGGGUGACAAGCCAACGAGUAGCACAGCGGCGCCCAGCGCGAGCGCGAUGCCGUCCCUCCCAGACCCCGCCGAACUGUCGACCUUCGAGAGGUGGCGAAGGAACAUGGCAUACGUGACAGGAAUAGGCAUGUCAGACGAGGAGCGUAAACUCUACACAACCCAGAUUCACCUCAAACGAUGCGAGGACCGCAAAUACCAUCUCAUGCAGUCUAGUCCCGGUGUAGUCUUCAUGCUGAAGCAGCUCAAGCUCGCUGGUUGCGAGCUACCUGAGAACAACUUCGUUUGCGCGCCGUGCGACUCAGUCGAUCGCGCAGGCGGGUACAAGCCAGGCGUGGGCGCGAUCGUGCUAUGUGCAGGCCAUAUAUACAGCAAGGACCAUCAAGAGCAUACGAUGAUGCACGAGAUGAUUCACUUGUUUGACGAGUGCCGCUUCAAGCUCGACUGGAGCAACCUACGGCAUCACGCGUGCACGGAGAUUCGCGCGAACAGCCUGAGCGGGGACUGCAGGUACUUGCAAGAGAUGCAACGCGGCAACUUCAGCUUUACGAAGAACCACCAGACGUGCGUCCGCGAACGCGCCAUCAUCUCCGUCUCCAAGAACAAAAGCUGCCCCGACAUGGAGACCGCCCGACGCGCCGUCAACGAGGUCUUCGACAGCUGCUUCGCGGAUACCCGACCAUUUGACGAGAUCUACUAGACACGCCUAUACUACGCACACCCUAUACGAACCCCUACUCUAAUCCCUCGUAAAUGUAUGGUCCGGAAGAUGGCUUGGACUCUCUGCCUCCCAUCAUCGUUCUCGGUCCCUUGAGCGUCAUUUCCUCAUGCCCAAGCAAACCAAGCCCGUCUUCCCGCUCCGCGA